AUGGCGGCCCCCGGACGCCCGAGUGACUCGCGCGCGCCACCGAUUUUGCCCGUCUCAGACCGAGUCUCAGCGAUAAUACCUCGGGAUUUUUUAAACAGCUGUCACUUUCAAGCCGGAUUUUUCUUUAAAAAGAUGAUUAAUAAGUAUCGGGGAGGUGAUAUCAUAACGUUCCUUAGCAAUAGCGGCGUCGACGUUUGCGUUGGCGGAUGCGGCCACUGCCACUUCGAAGAUGUCCAACCGUGUCCAAUCGCCUCUUGA